AUGGCCCCCAACAGCUUCUCCGUGUCCACACGCAUCCCCCUCUCCAACGGUCUGUCUAUCCCGCAAAUUCAUCUGGGAGUCUAUCUUAUGAGCGGCCGAGAGGCCAAAUCGGCCGUGAAGUGGGCACUGGAGGCAGGGUAUCGCGGCAUCGACAGCGCUCAGAUGUACCGGAACGAAAAGGACUGCGGUCAGGCUAUUCUCUCCUUCCUGAACGACAAGGCAAGCAACACCGCAGGAUUGACCCGCGAGGACAUCUUCUUCACUUCGAAACUAGCUUCCAACGCUAGCUACGAGGUUGCUCGUCGGUCCAUCAAGCAGUCGGUUCAAACAUGUGGCCUGGGGUACAUCGACCUCUUUCUGCUCCACAGCCCUUAUGGGGGGAAGAGCGCACGACUGUCCAGUUGGCGGGCGGUCGAGGACGCCAUCAAAGACGGCGAGGUCAGAAUUGGUGGAGUUAGUAAUUUUGGCGUCAAGCAUUUGGACGAAUUGAUCGCCUCCAAACCGCGUAUCAUGCCAGCCGUCAAUCAGAUCGAAGUCCAUCCAUUCAAUACCAGGACCAACAUCACCGAAGCCUGUCGCAAGUACGGCAUCCUUGUUGAAGCAUACGCACCACUUGCCAGGGCACUCCGUAUGAAGCAUCCUACGAUUGUCUCGCUCUCGAAAAAGUACAACUGUACGCCAGCCCAGUUAAUGAUCCGGUGGAGCCUUCAACAUGGAUACAUCCCCUUACCCAAGAGUGUGUCCAAAGAGAGAAUCAAGUCAAACGCGGACAUCAGCCACUUCGAGAUCUCUGGCGAGGACAUAAAGGCAAUGGAUGGCCUGGACGAGUACUUAGUGACCGAUUGGGACCCGGUCGACGCAGACUAG